GACCUACUCCUCGUAUCAUAAGAUUGUCAACACUCGUCGCUCAUAAGUGUUAAGUAUUCAAAUAACAACCCUGCAUUGCAAACAUUCUGUAAUAUAGACCUUUACUGUGACCUUGACCUUAUACACAGGUGACUCUGGCCCUUCUCGCUUUGGAUCCCACGCUAAGUAAUUGACUGUACAGUAAAUCCUCAUCAAAUUACGAGGUAAUCAGUAUUUUUCUAUCAAUGGCCUUGAUAAACUAUUUACAUGGUGCUGCUGAAUACCACAGGUCGUGGUUCAUUCCGGGACAAGCUACGGAAAGAGGCGAGUAGUGACGAAGGAUGGUCGUCCUGAUGGCCUUGGAUAACAACAGGGGUUAUCUGAACCACGACCUGACCUACUGACUCUCGGUCAGGUGUUCAGUCUAAAUAUAACUUCACGUCACCGAAUCUAACUACUACGUCGCAUUUCCUUGAGACUGUUCAGAGGAGUUGUAUUCCACGAAUACGAAGAAUGGCGGGAAUAGAACUUGUUCCUGGUCGGUUCUCAAGAGUGCGCAAGGAAAAGAAAGGUAACAAGAUGGUUGUUGAGAAAGUACUUGUCUGCUCACAACUUCAAGCAGCCGCCGAAAAGAACAUACUCCGACAAUGCGGGGAAUCUGAAGGGGCCAAGAACAUUGUCAAGAUGAUUGGUGAAGGUUUUACUGCAGAUGGCUUCACACUGACCUUUGAAUAUUGCGAGGAAGGCAACCUGGACCAGUAUGUGAGUAAACGUUCAAACUCGAAGAAUCCUCUAGACGAGGCCGACUGUCGUUCUGUCGUAACCGACAUUGGCAGUGGAUUGGAGUUUCUUCAUAACUUGCGUAUAGAACACCGUAAUCUGCAGCCAGAAAACAUCCUUGUGACAUGGUACAAUCGAGCGGUUUAUAAAAUAGCAGGAUUUGGAUCGGCUCGCUCGUUAUCGGAAUGUGACGGGAGACGUGGCCUGGAACGUGACAGGAGACAUGGCGGGGAUCAUGACGGGGGACAUUUUGGCGUACAUGACGGGGGACAUUUUGGCGUACAUGACGGGGGACAUUUUGGCGUACAUGCCGGGGAAGAUGGGGAACAUGACGAGAACGAUGGGGCAGGAGACACUUGUUUUUCACCCCCUGAAGCGGCUCUGACAGAUAAAAGUGAUAUUUUCUCUCUUGGCGCUAUCGCCUUUGCUUUAUUGCGUCCUGAAUUCGACGACGACAAACUAGUUGCCUACUACAAUGGACGCCGUCUGGCCGAGAUGGCAGGGGAAAUAGACCUCCGUCACAUCACUGACCAGAGACUGCGAGACAUCAUCAAUGAAGCCUUAAAAGGAGAUAUAGUUGGACGCCCAACAGCAGAACAAGUUUGUUCAAUGCUGAAUACAGGUUACACGUGGUGGAAUAUUCUGAUUUUUGGCGGCGUUGUAGUUGUGUCUGCAUAUAUUUCAGAAAUAACACUGAAACAAUGGGAUAUAAUUUAGAAAAAAUUAACGAGAUCAUUAUCCCAAUAUAUUUCUAUGGAUCAAUAUGAAGUGAAACUGUGUGGAUAUGUAGAGAGCCAGCUGUGGAGUCCACAAUACAACCAACCACUAACAUUGUGAAUGGGAGAUUUAGUUGACCACACUGUCUGUCAAUGGUGCCACGGAUACCACAAUUCGGCCACUUUGUAGCUUUGUGAAAAGGAUUCUGUCACAUAUUAUAACUGUGAUGUGUGGUUUACGGCAAAUCGAUGUGAAGACCAAAAACAAGUGCCCUUGGACUCCACCUUCCACAGCCACAAGCAACGGAUGAACAACGACCCCUACAUGCAAAUCCCGUGUCCGUGCGAAAACCAAAAUAAGCAAAGGACCAAAAAUAAAGCCAAGGACUCCAUCAAAGGCCAAGACCAUGACCAACUCCUCGUAUCAUAAGAUUGUCAACACUCGUCGCUCAUAAGUGUUAAGUAUUCAAAUAACAACCCUGCAUUGCAAACAUUCUGUAAUAUUGACCUUUACUGUGACAUGACCUUAUACACAGGUGACUCUGGCCCUUCUCGAUUUGGAUCCCACGCUAAGUAAUUGACUGUACAGUAAAUCCUCAUCAAAUUACGAGGUAAUCAGUAUUUUUCGAUCAUUGUCCUUGAUAAACUGUUUACAUGGUUCUGCUGAAUACCACAUGUCGUGGUUCAUUCCGGGAGAAGCUACGGAAAGAGGCGAGUAGUGACGAAGGAUGGUCGUCCUGAUGGCCUUAGAUAACAACAGGGGUUAUCUGAACCACGACCUGACCUACUGACUCUCGGUCAGGUGUUCAGUCUAAAUAUAACUUCACGUCACCGAAUCUAACUACUACGUCGCAUUUCCUUGAGACUGUUCAGAGGAGUUGUAUUCCACGAAUACGAAGAAUGGCGGGAAUAGAACUUGUUCCUGGUCGGUUCUCAAGAGUGCGCAAGGAAAAGAAAGGUAACAAAAUGGUUGUUGAGAAAGUACUUGUCUGCUCACAACGUCAAGCAGCCGCCGAAAAGAACAUACUCCGACAAUGUGCAGAAUCUGAAGGGGCCAAGAACAUUGUCAAGAUGAUUGGUGAAGGUUUUACUGCAGAUAGCUUCACACUGACCUUUGAAUAUUGCGAGGAAGGCAACCUGGACCAGUAUGUGAGUAAACGUUCAAACUCGAAGAAUCCUCUAGACGAGGCCGACUGUCGUUCUGUCGUAACCGACAUUGGCAGUGGAUUGGAGUUUCUUCAUAACUUGCGCAUAGAACACCGUAACCUGCAGCCAGAAAACAUCCUUGUGACAUGGUACAAUCGAGCGGUUUAUAAAAUAGCAGGAUUUGGAUCGGCUCGCUCGUUAUCGGAAUGUGACGGGAGACGUGGCCUGGAACGUGACAGGAGACAUGGCGGGGAUCAUGACGGGGGACAUUUUAGCGUACAUGACGGGGGACAUUUUGGCGUACAUGACGGGGGACAUUUUGGCGUACAUGACGGGGAAGAUGGGGAACAUGACGAGAACGAUGGGGCAGGAGACACUUGUUUUUCACCCCCUGAAGCGGCUCUGACAGAUAAAAGUGAUAUUUUCUCUCUUGGCGCUAUCGCCUUUGCUUUAUUGCGUCCUGAAUUCGACGACGACAAACUAGUUGCCUACUACAAUGGACGCCGUCUGGCCGAGGUAAGAGGGGAAAUAGAACUCCGUCAUGUCGCUGAUCAGGGACUGGGAGACGUGAUCAAGGCAGCCUUACGGAGAGACAUGUCCAAACGCCCAACAGCAGAACAAGUUUGUGAAAUGCUGAAAACAGUUUACUCGGAUUCUGUUUUGAUGAAACUGGCUUAUGGCUACCUUGCAAUCUGUGCGAUUGGUAUUGGUGUUGGUAUUGGUGUGUUCCUGCGUCGCCAGUGAAAAGGGAGCCUGUCUGCAUUUACUCAAACAGAUCACCGAGGAAAUGACUUGAAUUCUGAAGUAGUCUACAUUGUCUCCUACAGUAUCUAUAGUUGCGCAAAUCAUUUUCAUGCAGGAGAUUAUUUUGAACGAGUAUUGUCAUAAAUAUAAAGGAAUAUCCUUGUUGGAAGUCUGCUCGUACUGCGCAUCUGGUGUAACAUUUUCAUCACAAGAAUUACGACUUGAUAGAGAGAUAUAUUUCUCAAACUUCACUGGAUCAUUGUGCCAAUCUAUUUCUAUGGAUGAGGCAUCACUGGGACACUCCAAUAUGAAGUGACACUGUGUAUAUGGUAUGUAGGGAGCCAGCUGUGGACGAAGACGAUACCCUUCCAUCCUGAGUCUACAGCACAAGUCAGCUUGACGAAGGCAGCCACCAACAUCGUGAAUAGGAGAUCAGUUGACCACACUGUCUGUCAAUUGUGCCACGUAAACCACAAUUCAGACACUUUGUAGCUUGGUGAAGAGGAUUCUGUCACAUAUUAUAACUGUGAUGUGUGGUUUACGGCAAACUGAUGUGAAGAACAACUAGUACCCUUGGACUCCACUUUCCACAGCUGCAAGCAACGCAUGAACAACGACCCCUACAUGCGAAGCCCUGUCCGCGCAGUAACUAAAAGAAAACCAAGGACUUCAUCAAAGGCAAAACAUUCCAACUGAACUCAAUGCCAUGUGUCAGUGACUUGGUGACUUUUAGUGUUUUGUGUUUACAGUUUUAUAUUUCCUCUGGGUAAGUGUGAAUACAACUUUGUCAUUCUUGUUAAGUCUGUAAGUUACAAUGUCUCUUUCCUCGUUUAAAACUACAAGCUCCGAUGAUGGUGCACCCACCAGUAAGACUUGUUUUCCUUUGAGGAUCCGCCGAAAACCCAAAC